CGUAUACCUACUCCAUCACGGCAACAUCGUAAGACCUUUCUCUCCCCAAAGUGACCCAACAAGCACCUCAAUCCAGGUGUCCAUCCCAUCCCCUUUAAUAAUCCCCUCAACUUGAGUCUCUAUCUCUCUCCCGCUCGAGAGCGAUCAAUUCAACCCCCACAACCCCGCCCCUUCCCCCAUCCAUCUUCUCUCUUUCGAGAGAGAAAAAGGACACAAAAGAUGCGCCCCCAAGGCGCCCGCUCCUUCACCCCUUGGCUGGACCUGACCUACCGGCUCUUCGACAACACCACCGCGACGACGCCGUCCGGCCGCGCCAACCCGCUCGGCAUCGGCUACGUCACCCAGGCCCGCGAAUGGCGCCGCGUCUAUCUGCAUCCGCGCUUCCGCGAGGAGUUCCGCCGGUUGGCGCGCGCGCAUGCCCAGAAGGGGUUCCAGGAUGAACGGGUUGAGAAGGUUGUUUUGAAGAGUCUGGGCGGUUCAGUGUCAGCCCGUAACGACACCUUCCACUACUCCGCGAUCGUCCUGCACCUAGGGCCCAAGCAUCAUCGCGUGCUAAAGCGCGAGGCCUGGCGUGGAUCGGUGCCGAUGAGCGAGUUGAGGGAGGCGGAGACGCUGAAGCUGCAGGGCCAGAAGCCGGCUGCUGAGCAGGAGGUUGAGGAGAUCGAGGAGGUGAUUCAGGUGGAUGAGGCGCUUGGGUGGGACUUUGUGGGGCGGGUUGAUCAGAUGGACCCGUUGACGGUUUAUCGGCCGUUGACGUCCCCUGAGGAGGAGGAGGAGCAGAAGGCGUUUGUGGCGAUGAAGAAGAAGGAGCUCGAUCUCAAGGCGCGGGAGGAGAAGAUCAGGGAGGAGAAGGGGGAUGCUGCUGCUUAUUGGUUCAGGAAGAGGAGAAGGUCGGAGUGGAUUGAUUGGAGGGAGUUCAAGAAGCAGUUGAAGCUGAAGAAGGAGGAGGGCCCUGAGGGGCAGCAGGGUGUGGAGAAGAGGGUGGUGCCUGUUAGACGUGUCGAGACCUCGAAACGCCCUAUUAAAGACCGCCGUGGGACGGUGACAUCUACUGUUGAACAUGUUGAGGCGUCGACAUCUCCUGUUAAACGUGUUGAGACGUCGACACCCCUCAUUAAACAUAUACCGACGUCGGUCCCUCUCCGCAUUAGACUCAUCAACAGCUAACCGUUACAAUGAGCAGUACUGCACAUGAUUAGUCGAAGAAUGGCGAUGGGCGAAGUCGUGUCUGGGGAGGGAUGGAACGUUUCUGUGGUGAAUUUACAUC